AUGUCUUUGGGAUCCAAGGCUCUUCGAACUCUCCAGCCUAUCAAAUCAUUGCCUCCUGGUUUCAAGGUUAAUGGUAAUCUGACCCGUGAUGGAAUGGAAAGCCGGGGUGACUCUAAAUUGAGGAGUAGUGGAUUGGUUGGAUCAUGUAGUCCUGAAAAUAAUGCUCUUUCUGAAGAAGGUGAAGAUCGUACGGGUGACACGGGUCUUUUCAAUGAGGACCUAGCAUAUAGUGGAAAAGUUGCAGAUGAAGACUUGGAAUCUGUUCCUCUUCCAUUCCAAUCAAUUUCAGCGUCCUCUAGGGAAUCGAGGUGGAGUGAUACAACACCUUAUGUUUCAAAGAAGAAACUUCAGUCUUGGUUUCAACUUUCAAAUGGGAAUUGGGAGCUGGCAAAAAUAAUAACAACUUCUGGAAUAGAAUUAGUUAUUUCAUUGCCUGAUGGGAAGGUUUUAAAAGUGAAACAAGACAGUUUGGUACCAGCAAAUCCUGAUAUUCUUGAUGGAGUGGAUGACCUCAUGCAACUUAGUUAUUUAAACGAACCUUCAGUUUUAUAUGAUCUACAAUAUAGAUACAAUCAAAAUAUGAUUUAUACAAAAGCAGGGCCUGUUUUGGUCGCUAUAAAUCCUUUCAAGAAAGUUCCUCUGUAUGGUAACAAUUAUAUUGAAGCCUACAAGCGUAAGACAACUGAAAGUCCACAUGUAUAUGCAAUUACAGACACAGCUAUCCGAGAAAUGAUACGAGAUGAAGUUAAUCAAUCAAUAAUUAUCAGUGGUGAGAGUGGAGCUGGGAAGACUGAGACAGCAAAGAUAGCAAUGCAGUACUUGGCUGCUCUUGGGGGUGGAAGUGGAAUAGAGCAUGAGAUAUUGAAGACUAAUCCAAUACUAGAAGCCUUUGGUAAUGCAAAAACUUUGAGAAAUGACAACUCAAGUCGUUUUGGAAAGCUCAUUGAAAUUCACUUCAGUGAAACUGGAAAAAUUUCUGGUGCUAAUAUUCAAACAUUUUUGCUUGAAAAGUCUAGAGUUGUUCAAUGCAAUGAAGGGGAAAGGUCAUAUCAUAUAUUUUAUCAGUUAUGCGCUGGUGCACCACCAUCUCUUCGGGAGAAGCUCAAACUAAAAAAUGCAGAAGAUUAUAAAUAUUUGAAGCUGAGUAAUUGUUAUUCAAUUACUGGCGUUAACGAUGCUGAAGAGUUUCGCAUAGUCAUGGAAGCUCUUGAUGUUGUCCACAUCAGUAAAGAAGACCAAGAGACUGUAUUUGCUAUGCUUGCUGCUGUAUUAUGGCUAGGGAACAUAUCAUUUACUGUGAUUGAUAAUGAAGACCAUGUUCAAGCAGUAGAAAAUGAGAGUUUGUUACACGUCACCGAAUUGAUUGGCUGUGACCUAGAAGAUCUCAAGUUGACUCUAUCAACUCGCAACAUGAAAGUUGGUAAUGAUAAGAUCGUCCAGAAGUUGACAUUAUCACAGGCAAUUGAUACAAGAGAUGCUUUGGCAAAGUCUAUAUAUUCAUGCCUGUUUGAUUGGUUGGUUGAUCAAAUAAAUAAAUCACUUGCUGUUGGCAAAAGACGUACUGGCAGAUCAAUCAGUAUUCUAGAUAUAUACGGCUUUGAAUCAUUUAACAGGAACAGUUUUGAGCAAUUCUGCAUAAAUUAUGCAAAUGAAAGAUUGCAACAACACUUCAAUCGUCACUUAUUCAAGUUAGAACAGGAGGAAUAUAUUCAAGAUGGCAUUGACUGGGCUAAAGUUGAAUUUGAAGACAAUCAAGACUGCCUUAAUCUUUUUGAGAAGAGGCCAUUGGGGUUAUUAUCCCUGUUAGAUGAAGAGUCCACUUUCCCAAAUGGCACAGAUUUGACAUUUGCCAACAAGCUUAAACAGCAUUUACAUUCCAAGUCUUGUUUCAAAGGAGAAAGAGACCAAGCCUUUUCUGUGUGUCAUUAUGCCGGGGAGGUCACAUAUGAUACAACUGGGUUUCUGGAGAAGAAUAGGGACCUAUUGCACUUGGAUUCCAUCCAACUUCUAUCCUCAUGCACAUGUCAUCUUCCUCAAAUAUUUGCAUCUCAUAUGCUUACACAGUCUGAAAGGCCAGUAAGUGGCCCUUUACACAAGUCAGGUGGGGCAGAUUCCCAAAAGCUAAGUGUUGCAACAAAAUUCAAGGGUCAGUUGUUCCAACUGAUGCAACGCUUAGAGAGCACAACUCCACAUUUUAUUCGCUGCAUUAAACCCAAUAAUCUCCAAUCACCUGAAUCAUAUGAACAAGGGCUUGUGCUGCAACAGCUGAGAUGCUGUGGGGUGCUGGAAGUGGUUCGAAUAUCAAGAUCCGGCUUUCCGACAAGAAUGACUCACCAAAGGUUUGCCAGAAGAUAUGGCUUUCUUCUCCUUGAUACUGCUGCAUCUCAGGAUCCACUUAGUGUUUCAGUUUCAAUUCUUCAUCAAUUUAAUAUUUUGCCUGAGAUGUAUCAAGUUGGCUACACAAAAUUAUUUUUCCGAACAGGGCAGAUUGGUGUGCUUGAAGAUACUAGAAAUCGUACCCUUCAUGGCAUAUUACGUGUGCAAAGUUGUUUUAGGGGUUACCAAGUUCGUCAUUCUCUCAAGAAGCUUCAAGGAGGAAUCUCUACUUUGCAGUCAUUUAUUCGGGGAGAGAGAACAAGAAAGGCAUAUGCUGCUUUGCUUCAGAGACAUAAAGCUGCUGUUAUUAUACAGAAGCAGAUAAAAGCAGUUUUUGUAAGAAACAAAGUUCAGAUUGUUAAAGAUGCUACAAUUGUCAUACAAUCAGUCAUUCGUGGAUGGUUGGUCCGAAGAUGCUCAGGGGAUAUUGGAUUUUUGAAAUAUGGGGACAUAAAGACAAAAGAAUCAGAUGAGAUUCUGGUCAAGUCAUCAUUUCUGGCUGAAUUGCAGCGCCGGGUACUUAAGGCUGAAGCUGCCUUGAGAGAGAAAGAUGAGGAAAAUGACAUCCUUAACCAACGUAUCCAACAAUAUGAGAGCAGAUGGUCUGAGUAUGAGUCGAAGAUGCAAUCCAUGGAAGAAGUGUGGCAGAAACAAAUGAGAUCCCUUCAAUCUAGCCUCUCCAUUGCUAAGAAGAGCCUUGCUAUUGACGACUCUGAAAGAAAUUCAGACGCAUCUGUUAAUAAUACAAGCGAUGAGCGUGAUUACAGUUGGGAUGGGGGAAGUAAUCACAGGCGCCAAGAAAGCAACGGGACAAGAUCGACGAGUGCUAGUUUGAGUGUAAUAAGCCGGCUUGCUGAAGAAUUUGAGCAAAGGAGUCAAGUAUUUGCUGAUGAUGCCAAGUUCUUGGUUGAGGUGAAAUCUGGUCAAGUAGAAGCAAGUUUGAACCCAGAUCAAGAACUCAGAAGGUUAAAACAGAUGUUUGAAGCUUGGAAAAGGGAUUACACGGCAAGAUUGCGUGAAACAAAGUUGAUUAUAAAUAAACUUGGAACUGAAGAUGGUGCAAUUGAGAAAAUGAAGAAAAAGUGGUGGGGAAGAAGGAACAGUACACGGAUAAAUUGA